CGACGCACGAUUAAACCAUGGACGACAGAAAACGACAGGGCUGUCCUGGAGGCCGUUUUCAACCCGCUGUUCUCGGAGUUCGGAUUUUCGACCGAAGCCGAAGAAGCGUCAAGCGGGGAUGCCGUUCAAGAGAAUGGGACACCAAACCAGGUGAAGACACUAGAGGUUGAAGGCGUGCAGGCUGCCGAGAAAGGCGACAUUGACCAAGCCAUUGAAAUAUUCAGCGAGGUCAUCCGACUGGUGCCCAACAGGCCUUCUGGCUACAACAACAGGGCACAGGCACUGCGAAUCAAGGGCGAUGUUGAUCGUGCCCUGGAAGAUCUCAACAAUGCCAUCAACCUUGGCCAGGAGAACAAACACGCAGCUGCGCAGGCCCUCUGUCAACGCGGGCUCAUCUACCGACUCAGAGAGAAGGACCAAGAGGCUCAGGCAGACUUCAAGGAAGCUGCCAAGCUGGGAAGCCAAUUUGCCAAGAACCAGCUGGUCCAGAUGAACCCAUACGCAGCCCUGUGUAAUCGCAUGCUGGGUCAAAUGUUCACGAAGCUCAGGCAGGGAGAAGAUGACACCAGAUAAUGAGACUCAACGAAUGUUCAUCUUAGUCCAAUGUGACCACAGAACUAGUGGCACUAAAGGACGGCUCACACUUGGCUGUGGUCACUAAUAAUGGCAGAAAUGUCCCUGAGACUAUGCACAUGCUGGAAGCAAUAGUAGCCUAGGCUUGACUAUUUCAGAGCUUAGUAGUUGCUACACCUUGUGCGCCAUGAGUGCACGGUGAGCUGAAAACUAUCUCUUACGAAAAUUGUUGGCAGAACAAAUUGGAUCUGUUGCUGGUAGCUUUUAAAAUUUUAAGGCAUUUAUUAUUUCACAGUACCUGAGAUUUUGCCGUUUGUAGCAGCUACAAUAGGAAAUUGGGUCUUCGUGUGAUUAUUCAUACAGCAGUUCAAUAUAACAACUUGUGAUGUUCCAGGCAUGCCAAAAGAGAACCACACUAUGUGCAGGUAAAAAGUGUUAUGUAAGUAAUAAAAACUGCAGGGAAAAAGUCAAGAGACAGAUUUGGAAACUAAAAAAAAUUGAUCUUUGUUUAAUUAAAUUGCACGUCUAUAAAA